UUUGUUGCUGGGUUUGCUUGAUCUGUUAAAAGGGGUCCAGCUCCUGUGUGCUGGCAAGGAUUAUUGAUACCAAAAAUCAUUGCUUUUUCUUUCACUGUGUUUUUUUUUACCUGAGAGUUCUUUUGUUUGUUUGGGAUGUGGAGAGAUCCAGGAGUUCCAGCUGACACUUUCUAUGAAACUCGCCCCGAGUGCACUGAUGUUCCCAUUACUCGAUUUAAGAUCAAGGCUGGUAAAACACUAAGCUCAAGAAAAUGGCAUGCUGCAUUUACUCAAGAAGGAUAUCUAGAUAUAGGAAAGACUCUAAGCCGAAUAUACCGAGGGGGAGUCCAUCCAUCAAUUAGGGGAGAAGUUUGGGAAUUUCUACUUGGUUGUUAUGAUCCCAAGAGUACAUUUGAGGAAAGAGAUCAGAUAAGACAGCGACGGAGUAUGCAAUAUGCCACAUGGAAGGAAGAAUGCCGCCAAUUGUUUCCACUCGUUGGAAGUGGUAGAUUUAUUACAUCACCUGUAAUAUCUGAAGAUGGUCAGCCAAUUCAAGAUCCAUUGAUUAUGCCAGAAACAAAUCCAGCCAAAGGAUUGGUUGUGAAUAGUUUAGAUGCUGCAAAUAAUUUAGAAAAGGUGACAGACAAGAGAGUAGUCCAGUGGAUGUUAACUCUCCAUCAAAUAGGUCUUGAUGUGGUUCGCACUGAUAGGACAUUAGUUUUUUAUGAGAAGCAAGAAAAUUUGUCAAAACUAUGGGAUAUUCUUGCUGUUUAUGCUUGGAUCGAUAAAGAUGUUGGCUACGGUCAAGGAAUGAGUGACCUAUGCUCCCCUAUGAUAAUUCUACUUGAUGAUGAAGCAGAUGCAUUUUGGUGCUUUGAGCGUCUGAUGCGCAGACUUCGAGGCAAUUUCAGAUGCACCAAUGGCUCUGUUGGGGUGGAGGUUCAACUAAGUAAUUUGGCUUCGAUUACUCAAGUAAUUGAUCCCAAACUACAUAAACAUUUAGAACAUCUUGGUGGAGGUGACUAUCUGUUUGCUUUUCGGAUGCUAAUGGUUCUGUUUCGACGAGAAUUCUCCUUUUGUGAUUCAUUGUACCUUUGGGAGAUGAUGUGGGCUCUAGAAUAUGAUCCUGAUUUGUUCUUGAUGUAUGAAGAGCCUCAUUCAGCUUCUGAAAAAGCUGAGGGCACCAGAGGAAAAGCAAAGUCAAUACGUCAAUGUGGAAAGUUUGAGAGACAAAAUAUGAAAAAUGGAGCAAAUACUGCUGGAGCUCCUCUUCCUAUAUCUGUUUUCCUUGUUGCUAGUGUGUUGAAAGAAAAAAAAGCAAAACUACUCCACGAAGCUCGGGGCUUGGAUGAUGUUGUUAAGAUAUUGAAUGACAUAACUGGAAGUCUAGAUGCCAGAAAAGCUUGCACUGGGGCUAUGAAACUUCACAAGAAAUAUUUGAGAAAGAUAGAGGUUGAGGAUCGUUGAAGAGACUUUUCUAUGUGCACUGAUGGGCAAAGGAGGUGAUGCACCUAUAAGAACUCAAGAUAGUUAACUUAAUAAAUGAUUGAGACAAAAUAUGCAAAUUAGAUAAGAUGCAUACUUGAGGAUGAAGCUCGUAUUUAUAGGUGGUAAGUGUUGCCCUAUGGUGCAAUAAUGGGGCG